AUGUCUGAGUCUUUGAAGGAAGUUUUAGUGGUUGGAUUUGGCGCAGUGGGUGCCAUAUACUCUCUUAUCCUUAAACGGAGUGGCCUGGCUCGUGUAACCUGUGUAGCCAGAAGCAACUUCAAUGCUAUCAACGACAGUGGUGUACAAUUUCGCAGUCGCAAAUAUGGGUCUAUAGAUGGGUGGAGACCUCAUCGAUUGUGUAAAUCAGUACAUGAUGCUGCUGAUCAACAAUAUUCGUAUGUUGUAGUCACGACGAAGGCCGUCCCGGACUUGGUCAAGACAUCUCAGAUACUCGCACCCCUGUUUUCUAAAGAGUACAUCGAAAAGUUUAGUCAACCCACCUAUGUACUCCUACAGAACGGAGUGAACGUGGAAGUUGACUUGUAUGAUGCACUGAAAGAGGCUAUUCCCUCAGGCAAACCUCAGAUUAUAUCUUGUGCCCUCUGGAUUUACACCAACCUCGUGGGCCUAGAUAUCGUGGAGCAUAGCGACUUUGAUCGAGUUGCCAUUGGGGUUUACCGGCACAAGAAUAAUUCAGUAAUCGCAAAUUCUCCUGAAGAGUCGAACUUGUUGAAGGACUUCGGAAAUCUUCUGGAGACAGGGGGAAGCACCCUGAUUACGGUACCUGAAAUCCAGAGGAUGAAGUUUACCAAAAACUUCUGGAACAUUACUUUCAACUCCAUUGCGACCCUCACAAACUAUCCUCUGCCUGCUCUUUUCCGACCUGCACCGGGCGAAGGUUCUGUUGCGUAUGAACCUUACGUAUCGCCUACCACUGCGGACCACAUUUCAACAUACACAAUGCCCGUGAUCAGAAAGAUGCUUGAGGAGCUCAUCGCCAUAGGUAGGGCACUUGGGUACCCUGACUCCAAGGAUGGCCUACCUUCCUCAAUCGUUGAUAAUGCCCUGGACGGUACUCGGGAGAUCCACGAAAAGGCAGAUUGCACCCACGUUCCGAGUAUGCUGCUUGAUGCUCAGAAGGGGCAACCAAUAGAAGUCGAGGUCAUCGUUGGAGAGGUCAUAAGAAUGGCGAAAUCACACAAGGUUGAGACUCCGCGGUUGGAAACCCUCUAUGCCCUUCUGCUUGUCGUCCAGAACCAGACCUUGCGGAAGUUAGAGAGCAGGAAGCCUUGA